AUGAAUUCUAUCACAAGAAUACCAAUAAAAUUAGUAUUUAGAGGAACUUUGAUUCAUUCAUUAGAAGCAAGUCAUGUACAGAUAUUAGAGAAUAGUUUGAUUGGUAUUACAGAGAGUGGAACCAUUGGAUUUGUGAAAGAGAAUGUGGUAGAUGACAGCAAGUAUGAGUCGCUCAAGACACAACUUGGAUUCACAGAUGCACAGGUAGUGAACCUUGGUCGUCGGUUCAUCAUCCCCGGGUUUAUCGAUACACACGCACAUGCUCCACAGUACCACAAUGCUGGUACCGGUACAGACUUGCCGCUACUAAAGUGGCUUGAAAAGUACACCUUUCCUACAGAGUCCAAGUUUAGAGACUUGAAAUUUGCAGACAAUGUGUAUCGCAAGGUGGUACGUCGUAUGCUGCGUAACGGUACUACAACAUGCUGCUACUUUGCAACGAUCCAUACAGACGCAUCCAAGUUGCUUGCCGAGAUUGUUACUCGUGCAGGUCAACGUGCCUAUGUCGGCAAGGUGUGCAUGGACCGUCACUCACCAGACCACUAUGUCGAGCAGACCGACGACUCUGUGCGCGACACUGAAGAGUUUAUCACGGCGAUCAAAGCAGCCAACAACCCACUCGUCCAACCCAUCGUAACACCACGCUUUGCACCUUCAUGCAGCGACAAGUUGAUGAAGGAAUUGGGUGCGCUGAGUCACCGUCACAAUACAUUGUUGCAAUCACACAUUUCAGAAAACAUCGAUGAAUGCAAAUGGGUGCAAUCACUGUACCCCCAAUGUAGCAGCUAUACCGACGUCUACAGCCACUUUGACAUGAUGCAUGAACGCACCAUCAUGGCUCACGGAUGUCAUUUAUCGGAAACAGAGUUACGCACAUUUGCAGAGACUCGUGCCGGUGUCUCCCAUUGUCCCGUAUCCAACUUUACACUGUCUAGUGGUGCAUUGGAUGUUCGCAAGGCUCUAGGUAUGGAUGUUAAGGUCGGACUGGGUACAGACGUUUCCGGUGGUUACAGCGCAUCCAUGCUCGUCGUCAUUAGAGAUGUCAUCAAGGCAUCCAACUCUAUCCAAUUCAACAAACCAACCGACCAAGAAAAGAAAGAUUAUUCACCCGUCGGUUUUGAAGAAGCAUUCUACUUGGCCACAGUCGGUGGCAGCAAAUUGGUCAAUCUCCAAGACACGAUCGGUAACUUUAUCGACGGCAAGGAUUUCGACGCCCAAAUCAUCGACCCCUUCUCCCAAAACUCUCCCUUUGACGUGUUUGAUGCUGAUACUCCCUUGGACAUUUUCCAAAAAUUCAUUUUCCUUGGUGAUGAUCGUAAUGUUGAUUCUAUCUAUGUUAAAGGUCAUUUUAUUUUUAUUUUCUUUCAAAUGAUGAAUAAUACAAAUACAAAUAAUAGUUGUACAACUAUUACUACUAUAUUAUUUAAAUCAAUCAUUAAUAAUAAGUAUUUGAGGAAUGAAAUAUUUAAAAGAGUAUCUGAUCAACAUCAUUUAUUGUAUCAAUACUCGAAUCUAAAAUCACCUGCUCUAAAGAUUGAUGAUAUGCAUUGUUUAUUUGAUUAUUUAAAGUAUAAUCAAUUAAAUCUAUUCUAUCAAUACUUUGAUCAAGUAUUUUGUAUCAUUGCUAUUCAAAAAGAGAUUCAAACACAAUCUCCUUUAAAUGAUUUAUUUAAAUAUAUAUUAAAAUAUCAAAUGAAUGAUAUAUUGAUUUAUAUUAUUGAUUAUUUAAUCAAAAACUAUCAAUCAGAUGAAUAUGUCAAAGAUUUGAUAAUACAAGGUGUAUUUUUAAAUGCUAGAAACUUGGUCAAUUUGGAUAUUGAUACAACCAAGUUAUUAAUUCAACUAUUGGACAAGAAUCAUCCUUUAUUCGCAAGUUGUAUUAAAAAGCUUGAUAUCUAUCCAAUUGAUUCAAUCAUUGGUACAAUCAUUUGUAACUUGGAUGGUGGACAAUCGAAACUAUUUGAUCGACUUUGUUUGGUAUUGGAUCAAUUGGUCGAUCCCAUCCCAUCAACAAACUUUAUAAAGAAUUCUUCUUCUAGAUCUUUGGGUUCAUUAUGGCCAUUGGUUCAAUUUAGAACAGAUGAAGAAAAGAAAACAAUGACUAGACUAUUAAUUCAAGUGUGUACAAGAUUUCCUAGGUAUCAAGAAACAUACAGUUACUUUUUAAAUGAAGCUAGUGUUCAUGACGUUGACAUGGAUGAUGAAUUGUUAGAGUUUGCAAUUAAAUGUGAACAAGUUAAACAAAGAAAACCUAGAGAGGAGAUCAUUGGUGGUACACCAUUUAUGCAUGGAUUUCAAUUUGGUAUUGUCACCUUAAUGAAAAAAAUCAAAGAAGAGGAUAUUCGUUUGGAUCUAAGACCCAUACUUUUGGGUAAAUAUUUACGUGAUGGUAAUUUAAAAGCUUCAAAUUAUCUAUUGGAUCAUUUCGAAUCUAAAAAGUGGUCAGUUGUUAGUAUUCAUCCAACUCUUUUAUCACAGACACUUAUUGAUCAACUGAUCAAUCAUCCACAUGUAUCAUGUGACAUACCAUUACUUUUAAUAGAAUCUAUCGAGAAUAAGAAUUAUACAAUGGUACAAUAUUUUGAAUCCAAGAUAACUCUAGAAAAUAUUAAUAAUAUGAAUCAAUUGGAUAAAAUGAUUGGAUGUGCUUUAAAAUUGGAUGAUAUUCAAUCUCUUUCUAUUUUAAUGCCAAGAUGGAACAGUACAGUUCUUACAAUACCCUUUUCAAAUGUACUCAAAUAUUGUAAUCUUGCAACUGUCAGUACAGAAACAUUAUCCUAUUUUAUAUCAACUGCAAUGUCUGGAUCAAUCGAUAUUGAUGGUAUACCAAAUGGACACGCAAUUUGUAGAUUAAUACCAUUAAUGAUUAAAUAUAAUCAUAUAUCAGAUUUUAAGAAACUUUCCACCUUUAAUCUUAAUUCAUGUAUCUAUGCAGCAGUGAAAAAUCAAGAUCAAGAUCUACUCAUUCAAUCACUCCAUCCUGAAUACAUUCAAAAACAUUACGAUACUAAAGUUUUAAUUGGAAGUGGACUACAAACAUUUGGUCAACUGGUAAUACAAAAUUCAAUCCAAUCGCUCAUUCCUUUUGUACCAUCAAACUUUUCAAUUGAUAGUACUAUCAAAGACAGAGAACUUGCAAAAUUGUUAGAGUUUUAUCCUUUCAACACUCUAAACUAUCAACAAAUUUGGGAUCAUUGUCCAAGCAAUGUCCUACAACAAGACAAUCUUUUCAAACACCUAUUACUAGUUGAUUUUCUUCAACCUGAUUCAAGAUCAUAUGGAUUCCCAAAAGUACUAGACUAUUUCAAAAAGUAUCAAGAGUAUUAUCAAACUCAAACUCAAACUCAACCAACACCACUUUUAGAUAAACUCAAAGCACCAAACAUCGUCAAAGAUUUGGGAACAAUCCUUACAUUUCAUUCUCAAACCAUUGCUUGGUUAUUAAAAGAAUUUCCAAAGACUGAUGAUACAGACUCCACCAUAGAUGUAGAUCGAUUAUUAAAUAAAUGUAUUUUUCAAUAUGGAUUUAUUGAAAACAAAUAA